AUGAGUGUCAUCUAUGACAUUGAUGAGUCUGGUGAUGUCCUCGUGACAUACACCAACUCAGAGAAGAAGGGUGGCCUGAAAGCAGAGAAAACCAAGACCCCCCUGCCCAAGGCUAUCCUGUAUGCAUUUCUCCCUGCGGGCUUCCCUCACACUGUCACCAAUGACUACCUGGCCUACCAGACGUUCGACUCUCUGCAGGCCUUCUCGUCCUCCAUCACCAACCUGUUGGCCAACCGUGCCAUCCUGGAGGGGCUGGGCGUGGGCAACUCUUCGCAGACGCCAACGACCGCCCUCCUACUGCAGAUCAUCCAGGACACCUUCUCCCGCCUAGCCACCAUCCUGUUCGCCCACCGCAUGGGACAGGCCAUCGAGCCCGAGUGCAAGUACUACCGCUUCCUCGCUGAUAUUUUCAACGACUGCAGUCAGUUCCUCGACCUCCUGCUCCCCGCCCUGCCCCUGCUGCCCAAGGUGUCGGUCAUGGUGUCUGCCUCGGUGCUGCGCUCCCUGUGCGGUGUCGCGGCCAACGCCUCCAAGGCCACGCUGAGCGCCCACUUCGCCCGGUCCGGCAACCUCGCCGAGCUCAACGCCAAGGAGGCCAGCCAGGAGACCGUCGUCAGCCUUAUGGGGAUGCUGGCCGGGACCCUGCUGGUGAAGUUGGUCGAAGGCAAAGCCGCUGUCUGGUCCUGGAUGGUUGUCCUGGUCGGCAUCCACCUCUUGACCAACUACUGCGGCGUGCGUAGCGUCAAGAUGCGCACCCUCAACCGCCAGCGCGCCACCAUCGUCAUCCGCGACUGGCUCGAGACCGGCACCAUCCUAACCCCCGACGACGUCGCCCGCCGCGAGUCCAUCCUGUUCAACAGCCGCGGUAACAUGUCCUCCCGCACGGGCGAGUAUCACGGUACCGCCGACUUUGGCGGUUACGGCGACGUCGUCAACUUCCGGUCCUGGGGCUCUCACAGCUACGUCUUCGACACUGACGACUACUACAUGGGCAUCUGGCAGUGGGGCCCGAGCUUCACCAUCCGCAUCGCCGUCAAGGCCGGCAGCCGCUCUGUCAACGACCCGCUGAUGGCCUGGUUCGACGCCGUCGCCCACGCCUACCACUUCGACACUGCUGUCCUCAGGGACGGUCUGGGCGGGGCCGGUCACUACGAGAACGAGGUCCCCGACGACCACCGCGUGGGGUCUGGCAUUGUCGACCGGGACACCAAGAUGGCUGUCUUUGAGGCCCUCAGGGCCAAGGGCUGGGACAUUGAGAACACGGCUCUGGAGACGCGCACCCCAGUGCGCGUGCGCGUCGGCGACGCCAAGACCUGCAAGGGCAUGUAG